CAUAUGAAGGUACGGACCAAGUUCGGGAAGCCAAAAUUGACUUCCUAACGCAGGAGUACGAGAUGUUCAGGAUGAAGGAAGGCGAAAAGAUCGAUGAUAUGUUCGAUCGGUUUUCAAAGAUCAUCAACGACCUUCAUGCACUCAAGAAGACUUACGCUAACAAGGAUCUUGUGAGGAAAAUCCUGAGGAGUCUCACUCCCGAAUGGAGAUCGAAGGCUGACGCAAUCUACGAAUCCAUCGGAGUUUCCAACGUCACCAUCGACGGGUUAAGAGGUAAUCUCAAAACUUAUGAAUCCACUGUUCUAACCCCGUCUUUGGAUGAACAAAAGAAGAAGGGUAUUGCGCUAAAAGCAACCAAGGAAACCGUGGAAGUAGACUCAAGCGAUGAUGACAACGAGUUCGGACUCGUCAUCAAGAAAUUCCACAAAUUUAUGAAGAAGGAAUUUGAGCGCAAAGGAAGAAAGCACGACGGUCCCCCGAAGUGCUAUGGCUGUGGCGAGAUAGGCCACAUCAAGCCGAGGUGUCCAAAAGGCAAAAGCGGCAAGG